AGGGGGGGUACGUUCAUAACAACAGCGUUCAUAUCAUCAUAUGGAGGAUAUGGAGAUAUGGAGUUGGAUAACUUUAUACACACUUAUACAGUAUGUUUAUUCAACGGACCUUGAUACUUAUCAUACUUUUAAUUUAUUGCAAAAUAAAUUAAGUGUCGCCAUCUAUUAUAAAUUUAAUCAAUCCGUAUACAUAACCUAUAAAGCAAAUAACAUAUCCUUAAAUUAAUUGAAAACUAAAUGGAAGAAAAAAUGGAUACAAACGGAUUUAAAUGGACCAAACCAGAAGAGGUAAUGAGAUUACAUCAAUUAAAAAAGCGAAAAAACGCUUUACAAGCUAGGAUAAAAGCGAAUAAACAAAAUAAAACGACCGUGAACAAUUUUGUGCCAGAAAAACGAAAAAAUCCCUUCGCAAUCGAAACGAGCGAAAAUAAACGAUUAAAAAGUGAAUGUUUCGACGAUUCAGACACCCUUUUUAAAUUACUAAAUUGCACCUCAAAUCCAUUAACCGUACAAGUUAAUAAUAAAGAGAAUAAAGUUAAUUUUAAUAAUAUAUUGAAGCUCGAUGAAUCGGAAUCUUCUAAAAGUGAUGUUGAAAUUGUUCGAGGUGAAACUUUUUUGCCAGUGGAUUGGACUUUGAAGACUAAAGUCCGGUUUUUCGCUUCAAAACCGUUUCAAUGGAGCCAAAAAUUAAGGAUAAGUGAAGAAGCUUCAGCAAUGACCGGGUUCGUACGAUGUUUAGAUACCAAAACAACAUCGACUUCUUUAGAUACCUCACCAAACUCAAAAUUUCAUCAAUGUUGUUUAUAUUGGAUACAACCCCAUUUACCAUGGUUAUCAUUAUUUCCAAGAACUUCCCAAAAAUCAUCUUCAACACCAACAAUAACAACACAUAACGCAAUUAAAGAAAGUCUACAUCAAUCGUUUACUGAUGGAUUAAAAUCGUUACUUCAAUUAUUACGUACAAGACAAUGUCCGUAUUUUUAUUUAUGUACAAAUAAUUUCACCGCGUUAUUUCGUGCUGCUGGAAUCAGUGGAUUUGCCGAAAUGAACGUUAUGGUGACGCCAACAACACGAGGAUUUCGUCAAGUUUUACGGAACGAAGAUAUUGAAUUUAAAACACCAUUAAAAAAAAGUACCAACAGUCAAGAAAUAGAUCACGAAAAUGACACCUUCGAUGCUAACACAGAAGAAGUUGUUAAUGAUAACGAAGAAGAUGAAAUAACCGACGAAGAAUGGUUAAAACAAAUGGGUAUUGGCCAAGAAGAUAUCAAAAAAAUUAAUUUCAAACAAGAAAAAAUUCGUAGAAAAAUCGAAAGCGAAAUAGAUAAUGGCGCAGAAAGUUUAAUUUUUAUUGAAGGCGUUGAAGUUUCAGCGUUUUAUAACUUCCUAAUGAACUCGAAAAGUAUUGUACCAACUGUUAGUUCUUUAGCGGGUGUUCCUCCAACGCUUUUAUCACCCGUCGCAUUCAACGGAGGCACGGUAAAUUCGUUAAAAGUGCGCGAAAAUAAAGUGAAUGUUGAUAACGAAACGUUCUUUUCGAUCGAAUUACAAGGACCGAUUUUACCACAUCUUAUUCAUAAUUUAUAUCACUUUUGUCGACCGGAAAUGAGUGUGACAGCUUCAUUCACAGAUUUAAAAAGUACGCAACCUUUUAGUAAAAUAAAGUUUAAAAGUAAUGAGACGAAAAAUGAAGGAGAAAAUGUUAUGAAUCGAAGUGGAAGUGCCGUUUUUAAACGAGAAAAUUUAGGCGAUUGUGGAUUUCCCAAGGAAAUUUUAGAGAUUUUUUGUUCUGAUAAAUCAGACUGUACUGCUAAUUAUGAUAAUUUAAAGUAUUGUGAUGAUUCUAAGUUGUAUAAUUGGAUAUGAAUUAAUUUAUUAUACACUUUUUCAUUUAUUUAAGGUUAUAACUGUCAAAUAACAUUUAAGUUAUGCAACGAGUUCUUUUUUUAAUUAUAUUUUAUUAAUAUUUCGUA